AUGGCCCAGCAAGCAACCGGCGUUCUCGCCCCGACGGAACCGACCGGCGCGGGGAUGCGCCCCAAGCGCACGGUCUGGGAAAACAUCGUCAACUUUACGCAGCGCAAACCGCUGGGUGCGUUUGGCGCGGUGGUUGUGAUCCUGCUGGCAAUCAUCGCCGUCCUGGCGCCGAUAGUGGCGACGGACGAUCCGCGAGAGACCAACGCCGCCUACCGCUUCAGCCCGCCCAAUGGCGAGACGUGGUUGGGCGGCGAUCAAAUCGGACGGGACGUGUACAGCAGGCUGGUCUACGGGACCCGCAUUUCGCUGGUGGUGGGCCUGUUGAGCGUGCUUUUCGGCGUGACCAUUGGCGCGUUCAUUGGCAUCGUCAGCGGGUAUUUCGGUGGGGUCACUGACCUGGUGGUCCAGCGGAUCAUGGACGCGAUGAUGUCAUUCCCGGCGCUGAUACUAGCGUUGGCGAUCAUGGCUAUCCUGGGAGCGUCGGUGACCAACGUGAUCAUCGCACUCAGCGCAGUGUUCAUUCCCGGGGCGGCGCGCACCAUCCGGUCGCAGGCGCUGAGCAUCAAAGAAGUGGACUACAUUCUGGCGGCGCGGGCGGUGGGAGCCGGCGACUGGCGCAUCAUACUGCGCCACAUGGCGCCGAACUGCGCGGCGACGUUCAUCGUGCUCGCGAGCAUCUCGUUGGGAUGGGCCAUAGUCGUGGAGGCGUCGCUGAGCUUUCUGGGCGUGGGCAUCCCGCCGGACGUGCCAUCGUGGGGCGGGAUGCUCAACGGCGUGGCGCAGAACUCCCUGGACGUUGCGCCGUGGCUGGGCGUGUUCCCCGGGUUGGCCAUCGCCAUAACCGUGUUUGCGGUGAACCUGCUCGGCGACGCAUUGAGGGACGUGUUGGAUCCGAGGAUGCGGGGCGCGAACUAG